CGGUAAACAAACGUUCGGUGGCGUAAAAAUACAUACAGUAAAUAUAUAAUAUGGCCCUCUCCAUUGACCUCUUAAGGCCAAUCGGAAGGUCCAAAAACAUUUAUUUUUCAAAUUAAGUAUGUCUACAAUUUACUAUUAUAAAAUUAGAAACAAAUUCCGUCCAAAUCCCAGCAAAAUAAGUUAUUUCUAAUUUUGUAAAAUUUUGCCGGCCCCAUUUGCCGUAAAGAAAUUAAAACCGUUGACCCGUUACGUUCGGCGGUUUUUAUUUCUUUUGUUAACUCUAAUCGGCGUCGAUUCUUUAAGCCGCCGUGUCUCCAGAAAGCGUUGGUUUGGAGUAAUACGCCAGUUUGUCUGUUUGGUUUUUAAUUGCAUCCGAACGAGGCAAAAUAACCGGGUGAAAGUUUUGCUUUUGUUGUUUAAUGGUACGACCGUUUGCGUUUUGUUAAGUUUCGUACGGUCCUCGUCCAUACCCAGUGCCGAGUUUUAAGCCUCUUCCACCGCUUUGUAUGAAGAUUUGUAAUUUUUGACCCGUUAACGUAAACGAAUGACGAUGGUCGACUUCGGAGUGUCGAGAGACAGAUGGGUUUGUCCGUCCGACAGGGAGUUAGCUCUGAGGGCUAAAUUGAAUACAGGAUGGUCUGUGAAGACGAGUAUUUUAAACUCAUAUGUUAAACCCCAACAAAUCAGCGAUGUUGAAAUUGAAACGGUAAUUAAAGUAUUGAAACGAGCAGAAUGUAUUGAACAAGUAGAGAAAGAAAGAAUUGGGAGAUUAGUAGAGCGACUAGAGAACAUGAAGAAAAAUGCUAUUGGAAAUGGAGUAUCUCAAUGCAUUUUGUGUGCCGAUAAAUUUGGCUUACUUGGAGCCACACCAGUACCGUGCCACGAUUGUUGUAAAGCUGUGUGUAGUAAAUGUGGAGUUGAUACAGUAAAUGCUGAAAAUGAACCAUUGUGGCUGUGUAAAAUCUGUGCUGAAACAAGAGAGAUGUGGAAAAAAUCUGGAGCUUGGUUUUUGAAAAGAUUACCUGAAUAUAUUCUUCCAAAGAAAAAGCUAGAACAGAGCAAAUAUGGAAUGAAGAAUAUGCCGUCGGAAGAUUCAAGACUAGCUUCCACCACACGGAGACCCAUUCAUUCGUGGUCGUUGGCUAGAGAAGGAGCAUAUAAAGAAUCUACAGAUAGCUCUGAUGAUGAUGUGAAAAUGGCAAGCUGUACUCAACCUGUACUUUCUCCUCAAGAUAAUGAUUCUGAUGAAGAAAGUGAUUCUGAAACAGGAACUGUUAGAACAGUUAUUACGUCAAGAAAAUCUUGUAAUAUGAUGAUAACUACCGAUAGUGCAAGUACAUCAGAAGAAAGCUGUCAAAGUUACAUUGUGGAUCAGUGGGAUAAUUUAUCAGAGAAUUCCAGAUUAUUUGUUAACAUUGAUUCUCAUGAAGAUAAUCAUGACACAAAAAUAGCUUCAUUAUCUGAAUCCAUGGAUGUGGAAAAUAGUUCUGGUUCAAGUCCUUAUCUUCUAAAUGAGAGUGGUUAUUCAUCAGUUAAAGCAUGUACUUAUCAGAGACGUGAGCAGUCAUCGAGCAGUAAUGGUGGCGUUGGAGGAUCUCUAGAUGCAUCUUUCGACAGAUUGUCGACAAAAGAGAAGCACAAGGUGGAGGACAGAUCGGAGGAAUCGAAUAAGCGCACAACCAUGAAGAUGAUGCGAAAACUGAAACAAUCCAUUUUGAAACCUUACAAGUGAUGGAGAAAAACCAUUUCGUGGAACUAUGCAGGAAAUGCCGUAAAAAUUAGUCUUCGUUACAAUAAGUAUUAUUUAUAUUGUGUGUGAUGUCAGUGUUGUAUAAAGAAGAUUCUCGAAGAAAAUUAUAUAUUUAUGAUAAUGAGUAUAUAAAUAUAAUUUUAUAAAAUAUUUUAAAAUUCUCAAAUAUAUACAAAAAUUUUCCAAUAUUUUGAAAUUAUUUUUAAAAAAUUUUAUUUCCAUACUUGAAGUAACUGGAGAUUUCAGGUAUUUAGAUUAAUGAAUUUAUAAAAAUUUAAAUUUUUACAUUAACUAAAUCAAAAUGACAGCAGUCGUAGACUUAUAUUACUAUGCACGAUGCAAUUCCUAAUUAAUAUUUUCUGAAGACAAAUUAUCUUGAUUAAAAGAUGCACCAGCUACCUCUUAUUUUCCUUACUUAAGAGAUCCAUGGUGUGGUUCUCUUUGAAGAUCUUGUGAUCCUAGUGCAUCGUAGAAUCAGUAUUAACUUUUUUAAAUUUUGUGAAUAUAAACGAUAUUAAUUCCAUUAAAAAUUUUCCGUUUCGCUUUAUUUUGGAAUAUUUUUAUAUCCUGAUUUUUGGGAAAAUAAACUAACGCGACAUUUUAUUUAAACAAGAAUAUAUUAUAAGAAAAUAAAUAUAAACAUUAUUCUAUAAAGUCAUAAAUUAUAAUACAAUUAUAGUAUUUGGUAUUCACACAAGUAAAUUAGAUGUGUCCAGAUAUAUUUUCCAUGGCUAUUUUCUGUGUUUACUAGUUUUUAUUUAAAAAUGUUAUAGUAAGGUUUGGUUAAUAUCAAAAUUCAUACUUGUGGCUGUUAAUUCAUUUACCGUUUUGUUGUAAAAUCCAUGUAAUAAGUGAUAAACAUUUACAAAGGCUAUUUAAAGUGGGAGCCGGACACUUUUGCCUUCAUCCAAACACAAAUAAUUGUUGAUAAAAUAUGAAUUGAUUGUGUUAUUGAUUGUUGAUCGAGUUUAUUGUUCCAGUUUCUUCGUGUUGUGAAUUUAAUCGAAAAGAUUGACAAACCCGUCGGAGUAACUUUUACCGACGUGAGUCAAAUUGCAAUUAUUACAUUCACUUGUCAGAUAAAAUACUCAGAAAUUCGGACAUCUUGGAUCGAGUCUGUAUUAUGAGUGGUGAAUUUAGCACACUUUUAAGAGUAAUAGAACAUUCGUAACGGAUUUCUCUAAUACAGUAUAUAUUUUUAAAUUCAGAGUUUUAAAAAGUAGACUUUUGAUUCUUAUAUUUUUAUGUUUAACUACCGAAGUGCGUUUAGUCUGUUUAGUUCAUAUUCUUACUAUGCCAAAAUUAAGGAUACGCUGAUGAAAAUGAGCUAUAUUUAAGUAAUAAGAAAUUUAACAAAACAAUUGUAAGAAGUGUGAAUAGGAAACAUUUUUAUUUUGAUAAAUAUAAAAAGUAAUUUUGAAUAAAUAUGAUAUGCACCGUUGAGGAUUUUAUAAAAGAAAUAUUCGUAUAAAAACAAUAAAAACAUAAAAAUUUGUUUUAUAUUUGGGGGUUUAUGUAAAUUUUUAUCGAGUGAAGUUGUAAUGUUCAAUCUGACUAAUAUGGCAUUAUAUUAAUCUUCCACUUUCUAACCGAGUUACGUUCGUUGUUUCGAUAGUCUCGGUUAGAAAGUGGCAGAAGAAUAUAAUGACGUAUUUGUCAUAUUGAACAUUACAACUUCACUUCGUAGAAACAUUUGUAACUUUUCCUUUUUAAAAAGAAUAAAUUUUCGAAUUGACACUCGUAUAAAAAAUUUCUAUGGUUUUUACACAGAAAUUUGAAUAUUAUAUAAUCAUAAGUAAAAGUAAUAUUUUCUCUACAUAUACUAUUCAUUACGAAAAAAGUAAAAAAAUUAUGCCAAUGCUCUCCUUGGCCAAGACAUUGCAACUUGUUGCAAUUGUUUUUAUGAAUAAUUAGAUUAUCAGACGUCUGUAUUUUAAAAUGAGUUUCCAAAUGUGUUUUUUGUAUAGAGUUAGGAAAAUUAAAGUGUUUUUAUGUUGUAUUAAUGCCUUUGAAAAUAUAAGAAUUACGUUUGAUAUAUUGUAAUUUAUAUCAUUGGUUUGCAAUGUAUUUUGAUGGUGGUAAAUAUUUGUAAUCUAUUUGAUUGGCCGAAUUGGCAAUUACUUAGAUUUGUAAGAAUAAAAUUUAUUUAUGCAGCAUCAGUGUGAAUCCCGAAAUUGCGAAAGCUGUUGGCCUUUUAACACUCGAUAUUACUCCCUUGUAAGCUGGCAUACAAAAGUUAGCAGAAUGAAUUGGAAUAGAAUUAAAAACUGACUGCUAUUUAAGUACUACAUUUUAAA